ACAAAAGCUCGAACAGUCGAAUCACAAAUCCGCCUCGGCAAAAUCCUUGUUUUGGCGUCCGUGGAUGUGACCUUUGACCUGUUAAGGUUAAGGUGCUUUCCCUUCGUGCGUGGUGUCUAAUCCGAAUCUUUGACUUUCAUAACAGUUCUUCUCCAUCCUGUUGUUCUCCAACGUUUAUCAUAACCUUAUAAUUAUACUUUUAGAUGUAUGGAUGAUGGUGUUUUACACGUCUUACGUACUCGAAUAAGGGUCUUCAUGGUCUUGGAGAUGAAGGCAGUUUACUUGAGCUACAUGUAGCAUGUAGCCUGUCGCGCUACACUCUCCGAGAGUUUGAGCGGAUUGGAGGAAGGAAAGACGCCUAUUCUGCUGGCGUACCAACACUAGCGCUAGCCCCUGCCUCUUUGCUCUGCAGGUCAAUCAGCUCGAUCAGUCGGUGGCUGUUGCAGUUGCAGUUGGCGCCACACACAGAUAAACUUCAUCAUAAAGCAAGAGUUUCCUCCAGUCUCUAGACAUUUGAUGAGUCAUCAGUCAGCAUGGAGUCUUGGCAUCCCAUAGCUCGUGUGUAUCACCCACUAACAGCAGGUUCUAUAGAUGGGACUGAUACCAGACCACAUGACAGGGCUGUAGAGAGAGCAAUCAAGGCCAGUUAUGUACCGCCCUCUGUAGACAAUGACCCGCACUUGACCCUCUUUGUGGCUAGGCUCAACCCUGAGACGACAGAGAAGACCCUACGCAAGACAUUUUCAAAGUACGGCGACAUCAAGCAAGUGAAUCUCAUCCGUGACGUCGUGACAGGCUUCUCCAAGCAGUACGCGUUCAUUGAGUUUGAAGAGGAACGAUCAGCAAGACGUGCGAGGGCAGAGGCAGAUCAGAGCGUGAUCGAGGAACACAUCGUCUUUGUGGACUGGGAGUGUGAACACACGUUGGAUGGUUGGAUCCCCAGGAGGCUGGGUGGUGGCUUGGGAGGCAAGAAGGAAUCCGGUCAGCUGAGAUUCGGUGGCAGGGACCGUCCAUUCAGGAAACCUAUCGUAGUACAGGCAAUUAGAGAUAGAGGGAUAGAAAGAGACAGAGAUGGAGGGAUAGAACGAGACAGAGAUGGAGGGAUAGACAGAAGCAGAGAUAGAGGGGUGGACCGAGACAGAGAUAGCGGAAUUAGAGAUAAAGAUAGAGAAAUAGAACGAGACAGAGGUAGGGAGAAUAGAGAUAGAGACAGGGAGAAUAGAGACAGAGAUAGAGGGAUAGAAAGGGACAGAGAUAGAGGGAUAGACAGAGACAGAGAUAGAGAAAUAGAACGAGAUAGAGUCAAUGAUUUUAACAACAACUAA